UUCCCCCCUUUCUUUCUUCAUUUCUUUUCUGUAUCUCUUUACAUUCACAAAACGCCAUUAUUUGUUAAAAAUAUCAAAAAUUUUCAAUCUCUCCUAUACUUAUACACACACACACACAUAUAUAUACACACACACACAUAUAUGUUUCUAUAUUAAUUCAAUCAGAAUUACAAAAUAUAAUCAUGCAUAUAACAGGACCUCAUUCUUCAUCUAUUCUCCGGCGAGCUUCUAGGUCUUCCACCACCAGGCUUCAAUCUUCUAUCUCCUCUAACUCACCGGUAUCGGCAUCGGCACCGGUGUCUCCACCAUCACCGUCGGCGGCGCAGCUUCGACCUUACACAACCGCAUCAGCCACCUUCCGAUCUCGAUGGAGCCACGGCGUUGAUUGGAAGUCUCCGGCGUCUCUCUCUUCUCAGAUCAGAACUACUGCCUCUCCUGUUUUGGAUCGAUUUCACCGCACUCUCUCCACUCUCGCUUCCGAGCAUGCUUUCAGUGGUAUUUUGACUGGUCUCCCUAAGCCUGGAGGUGGAGAGUUUGGGAAAUUCUAUAGUUUGCCUGCUCUGAAUGAUCCAAGAGUUGACAAGCUGCCAUAUUCGAUUAGGAUACUUCUUGAAUCUGCAAUCCGUAAUUGUGACAAUUUCCAAGUCACAAAGGAAGAUGUCGAGAAAAUCAUUGAUUGGGAGAAGACUGCUCCAAAGCAAGUUGAAAUUCCAUUCAAGCCGGCUCGUGUCUUGUUGCAGGAUUUUACUGGUGUCCCAGCCGUGGUAGACCUCGCAUGUAUGCGUGAUGCGAUGAACAACCUUGGAGGGGAUUCUAAUAAAAUUAAUCCAUUGGUUCCCGUGGAUCUUGUGGUUGAUCAUUCAGUUCAAGUUGAUGUUGCUAGGUCUGAGAAUGCAGUACAAGCAAAUAUGGAACUUGAAUUUCAGAGAAACCGGGAGAGAUUUGCUUUUCUUAAGUGGGGAUCCAAAGCAUUCCAAAACAUGCUUGUGGUGCCACCUGGAUCUGGUAUUGUGCAUCAGGUUAACCUUGAAUAUCUUGGACGAGUUGUUUUCAAUACUAAUGGGAUGCUGUAUCCUGAUAGUGUUGUUGGAACUGAUUCCCACACUACUAUGAUUGAUGGGUUAGGUGUUGCUGGGUGGGGAGUUGGAGGAAUAGAAGCAGAAGCGGCGAUGCUUGGGCAGCCAAUGAGUAUGGUUUUGCCUGGUGUUGUUGGGUUCAAGUUAUCAGGGAAACUGCAAAAUGGUGUGACAGCCACUGAUUUGGUUUUGACAGUCACUCAAAUGUUGAGGAAGCAUGGUGUUGUAGGCAAAUUUGUUGAAUUCCAUGGGGAUGGUGUGGGUAAAAUUUCCCUUGCUGACCGGGCUACUAUAGCUAACAUGUCACCGGAGUAUGGUGCAACUAUGGGUUUCUUCCCAGUAGAUCAUGUUACUCUUCAAUAUUUGAAGUUAACUGGACGGAGUGAUGAUACGGUUGCUAUGAUCGAAGCAUACUUACGUGCAAACAAUAUGUUUGUUGACUAUAAUGAGCCACAACAAGAAAGAGUCUAUUCAUCUUAUUUAGCGCUUGAUCUUUCAGAAGUGGAACCUUGUGUUUCAGGGCCAAAAAGGCCUCAUGAUCGAGUCCCUUUGAAGGACAUGAAAGCAGAUUGGCAUUCUUGCCUUGAUAAUCAAGUGGGAUUCAAGGGAUUUGCGGUACCGAAAGAGGCACAAGAAAAGGUUGUAAAAUUUGAUUUUCACGGACAGCCAGCAGAACUUAGGCAUGGCAGUGUUGUGAUUGCUGCUAUUACAAGCUGCACAAAUACAUCAAAUCCUAGUGUUAUGCUUGGGGCGGGGAUUGUUGCUAAAAAGGCAUGUGAAUUGGGCCUACAGGUGAAACCAUGGGUUAAAACAAGUCUUGCUCCUGGUUCUGGAGUUGUUACAAAGUAUUUGCUACAAAGUGGGUUGCAGAAGUUUUUGAAUGAGCAAGGGUUUAACAUUGUUGGAUAUGGCUGUACCACAUGUAUUGGUAAUUCUGGGGACUUGGAUGAGGCGGUUGCUACUGCUAUAGCAGAUAAUGAUGUCAUUGCGUCAGCGGUUCUCUCCGGGAAUAGAAACUUUGAGGGGCGUGUUCAUGCUUUGACACGGGCAAACUAUCUUGCAUCACCUCCUCUGGUUGUUGCAUAUGCUCUUGCUGGCACGGUUGAUAUUGAUUUUGAGAAGGAACCGAUCGGAGUUGGAAAAGAUGGCAAGGAUGUUUAUUUCAGGGACAUAUGGCCAACUAGUGAAGAAAUUGCUGAUGCUGUUCAAUCAAGUGUUCUGCCUGAAAUGUUUAAGAGUACAUAUAAAUCCAUCACCGAGGGAAAUCCCAUGUGGAAUGACCUACCAGUCCCUGAAGCCAAGUUAUAUACAUGGGAUCCAAAUUCUACCUACAUUCACGAGCCACCAUAUUUCAAAAACAUGACAAUGGAUCCCCCUGGGGCCCAUGGCGUGAAGGAUGCUUACUGCUUGCUGAACUUUGGUGACAGUAUCACAACAGAUCACAUUUCUCCCGCCGGAAGCAUCCACAAGGAUAGUCCAGCUGCAAAGUUUCUUCUUGAACGUGGCGUUGACCGCAAGGAUUUCAACUCUUAUGGUAGUCGACGUGGUAAUGAUGAGAUUAUGGCCCGGGGGACUUUUGCCAAUAUCCGCAUUGUGAACAAGCUCUUAAAUGGGGAAGUUGGCCCAAAGACUCUACAUAUUCCCACAGGAGAAAAACUUUCGGUUUUUGAUGCGGCAUCAAAAUACAAGGCUGCUGGUCAAGAUACAAUUGUGUUGGCAGGAGCAGAGUAUGGAAGUGGAAGCUCAAGGGAUUGGGCCGCCAAGGGACCCAUGUUAUUGGGAGUUAAAGCAGUAAUUGCAAAGAGCUUUGAGAGGAUCCAUAGAAGUAACUUGGUGGGAAUGGGUAUAAUACCACUUUGUUUCAAAGCCGGUGAAGAUGCAGACACCUUACAAUUGACUGGUCAUGAACGAUAUACCAUUGACCUACCAAGUAACAUUAGUGAGAUCCGACCUGGUCAAGAUGUCACUGUCACAACUGACACGGGAAAGUCAUUCACGUGUACCGCCCGCUUUGACACUGAGGUGGAGUUGGAGUAUUUCAAUCAUGGUGGGAUCCUUCCAUAUGUUAUCCGUCAACUAUCGGCACAAAAAUGAUCUUGUAUUAGAGCUAUAUUAAAUUGUACAAUUUGAGCAAAUGAAAAAUAAAAAUGUUAUAUCUCCAUCUGUAUGAUUUGUUAUCCGGAUCUCAGAAUAGUCUCUUGCAGACAACAAAUUGAUCUGCAAUUGCUGCGGCAAUUUUUUUGUAAUAAUACUUUGUUUCAAAGGGUAGCCUGAUUUACUU